UUAUGGCCUUCUUUUUGUUAGGAGGCCUAUCCCAAGAUACCACACCAACUGUGUAUUAUACGAUCAACCAAUACUUCAACACACAACAUUAAAAGAAAUCAACCAAUCAAAAUCCUCUGGAGUUCACCAGAAAACAACACCAUGGCUCCUCCAAAGUCAGUGCCCAAGAAAAGAAACUCAGUCCCAGAUGCCAAAGAUGAAUCAGCUCCUGGAGCGGCAGAACCAGCGACACCAGCGCCAGAAACUCCAACUUCAAAAGCUCCUGAAAAGUCUACACCUAGACACACCUCAGCGACUGCAGCACAAGAAACACCUGAAGACCCACAUUUCAAAUAUGACCCUGCCAUUGUGGGCAAUCUCUCUCCUGAACAACUUGAAGAAUUCAAAGAAGCUUUCCUGCUGUUUGCCAGAACUACUUUAGGGGGGUUGAAGAUCACAUUAGCUCAAUGUGGGGAUGUGAUGAGAGCUUUGGGUCAGAACCCAACCAAUGCUGAAAUACUGCAUGUUCUGGGGAGACCGAAGCCUGAAGAGAUGGAGUCCAAAAUGAUCGACUUUGAGACUUUUCUGCCCAUGUACCAACAAGUUACAAAAUCAAUAAAGAGCGGCACAUUUCAAGAGUUUGUAGAGGGACUUCGAGUCUUCGACAAAGAAGGCAAUGGACGAGUCAUGGGGGCUGAACUACGCCAUGUGCUUUCUGCACUGGGCGAGAGAUUGACUGAAGGUGAGGUGGACCGGCUCAUGGCUGGACAAGAGGACACAAACGGCUGUGUAAAUUAUGAGGAUUUUAUAAAACACGUCAUGACUGGAUGAGCUCUUUCUUCUGGUAAGUUUAUCUAAAUUUGGAGUUGACAAUUUUUUUUUUAACUUGAUAUUU